AUGGCGGACACAAAGGUCGCGCAAACGGCGAGCGUGACCAUCAUGCUGAUGACCUUUAUCACGCUGACAGUCGUGAUGAGGACCUUUGUACGAAGUAUCCUGCUACGGAGCUUAGGCUGGGAUGAUACACUUGUGAUCAUCAGCUGGGUUCUUGUCAUGGCACUAUGCAGUGCGAUUCUUGCCAUGACUAGCGUGGGCUUGGGAUCUCAUUUUCAAGACGUUUCGGAAACAGACUUUGCCGAAUUUCUGAAGUUCCAAGUUGCCACACAGCUCACAUACAUCUGGGCGUUCGUGACAGUAAAAAUAUCGUUUGCAAUUCUUUACCUUCGGCUGCUCCCUGACCAGGUCUACCAUCGUGUCAACAAGUUUCUUAUCGUCUUGCUGCUUGCAGAGGGCAUUGAAGAGACUGCCGUUGUCAUCUUCAGAUGCACUCCCAUCGAAAGAGCUUGGACACCAUCCGUACCCGGAACGUGUCUGGACCUGACCGUUUUUUACUACUCUGCUUUCGCCAUCAAGCUAUUGACAGACUUAGUGUUGUUCAUUCAGCCAAUUCCAACUGUCUGGAAACUACAACUAUCGAUAGCAAAGCGCAUUGGAGUCAUCGUCAUGUUAUCCCUGGGUUUACUGGUGUGCGUCAUUUCCGUUAUCAGAGUGAGCUACAUCAGCGCUUUUGACCGCGAUGUCACGUUCUUGGUCGCCGACCCCCUACUCUGGUCGGAAGUCGAAGUCUGUGCCUUGAUCAUUUGCUCCGGCGUUCCAUCGUUACGACCGUUGAUAUCCCGUUUCCCCGCCCUCAACAAAGCUCUCGGGUUAUCGACUGGCAAAUAUUCCAAAGUGUACUAUCCCGAUCAGCGAACGACCAUAGGCGGUUCGAAGCCAUACAUGGGGCAAAACGCGUAUGCACGCGCAACGCAAGGGGAAGCUGGCGGGAAGCUCUAUGUUAGCUCCAGUUCCUAUGGAACUUCGACACGCACGACCACCGAGAGCAUGGAGAAUAUUCUACCCCUAGAUCUCGACAAGCCCUCGUCAGCACAUAGUGUGGAGAUGGGGAUCAUCAAGGUGAAGAACGACAUUCCGUCAUCACAUCUACAUAUGACACCGUCACAAUACGUGAUGGAAGAUCCAUACUUCCCUGCGGGUCGGCCAAUGGCCAGGCGGAAAAGCAGAGGAAACAUCCGCGAUGGUACAGGAUGGAUAUCCAAUGACUAA